AAGGAUAGGAGCAUAGAUAUAACUUCUUGCCGGCCUUUCUGAUCAUCUUCAAACCCCAACUUUCUUAACUACCUUUCAAAAUGGCUAAGGUUCAUCCCCAAGCAUCCGUUUCGGAUCCCUGCAGUAUGGGUUCUGCAGGAAGAGAAACGUUCACUAUAUGGAUGAAAUCUCUUGUAUGUCACACCAAUGGUUGCACCGUCUUUGAUUCAGAAGGGGAGAUUGUCUAUCGUGUUGAAAACUAUGACAGCAAGGGUAGCAGUGAAGUUCAUCUCAUGGACCUGCGAGGCAAAGUUCUCUUCACCAUACUAAAAAAGAAACUACAACUUUUUGGAUGUUGGAAUGGCCAUAGAGGGAACUUUACUGGCACAAAGAAGGAAAAGCCAUGCUUUCAAGUUAAGAAAUACUGGAGGAUUCCCCGGAGAGAUUUAGCUUAUCAAGUUACUAUGGGCUUGAACAAGUACUGGAUAGUUAGCUUAGGUCGCAACAAACAAGGAUUUAAGAUAGUAAACAUAGCUGGAGAUAUUGUAGCAGAGGUGAAGCAGAAGCAAUUAUCUUCCGGGGUGGUGUUAGGAGAUGAUGUAUUAACUUUGGAGGUAGAACCCUAUAUUGAUCAUUCCCUAAUCGUUGCUCUUGUGACCGUUUAUGGGUUGAUAAACAGGAGAUUGUAGAUCGAUGAUUCCAGGCAUAAAUUUUCGAGAAAGCAACUAAUUAAGCAAGUGAAGCAUGUGUACACGUAUACAAUGUAGGCUUACUCCAGCUAUAUACAAGUUUGUGUAUAUAUAUAUAUAGUCUCAUUUCUUUGUUUUGUUUCAGAUUUUAUCCAUUUGAAGACUGGUAUUUCCUUACGAUGGAAAACCAAUAACCUAGGUUUGUUAUUGUAAUUGAUAGAUCAACG